AUGAAUCGGAGGCAGCAAGUUAAGCGUAGAGUAGGCAAAUAUGAAAUCAGAAGGGAAAUAGCUACUAUGAAGUUGAUAAAACAUCCAAAUGUUGUUCAAUUGUACGAGGUGAUGGCAAGCAAGACAAAGAUAUUUAUCAUCUUGGAGUAUGUUACAGGAGGAGAACUCUUUGAUAAGAUUGUAAAUGACGGGCGAAUGAAAGAAGAUGAAGCUCGGAGAUAUUUCCAACAGCUUGUACAUGCUGUGGACUACUGUCACAGUAGAGGUGUAUACCAUAGAGACCUCAAGCCUGAAAAUUUACUAUUGGAUGCUUAUGGAAACCUCAAGAUCUCAGAUUUUGGAUUAAGUGCUUUGUCCCAACAAGUCAGGGAUGAUGGACUACUUCAUACAUCGUGUGGGACUCCGAACUAUGUUGCUCCUGAGGUUCUCAAUGAUAGAGGCUAUGAUGGAGCAACAGCAGACAUGUGGUCAUGUGGUGUUAUACUCUAUGUCCUGCUUGCAGGUUACUUGCCUUUUGAUGAUUCUAAUCUAAUGAAUCUUUAUAAGAAAAUUUCAUCUGGUGAAUUCAACUGUCCUCCAUGGCUCUCACUUGGCGCCAUGAAACUGAUCACUCGUAUCUUAGAUCCGAACCCAAUGACCCGUGUAACACCACAGGAGGUCUUUGAAGAUGAUUGGUUGAAGAAAGAUUACAAGCCUCCAGUGUUUGAGGAGAAGGAUGAUUCAAACAUGGACGAUGUUGAAGCUGUUUUUAAAGACUCUGAGGAACAUCUUGUUACUGAGAAGAAAGAAGAGCAGCCAGCAGCAAUCAAUGCCUUUGAGAUUAUCUCAAUGUCAAGGGGGCUUAACCUGGAGAAUCUAUUUGAUCCAGAACAGGUAUUUAAGAGAGAAACGAGGAUAACACUGAGAGGAGGCGCGAAUGAGAUCAUUGAUAAGAUCGAAGAAGCCGCGAAGCCUCUAGGUUUUGAUGUUCAAAAGAAGAACUAUAAGAUGAGGCUUGAGAAUGUGAAGGCUGGGAGAAAAGGGAAUCUCAAUGUGGCAACAGAGAUAUUCCAAGUAGCACCAAGUCUACAUAUGGUUCAAGUUUCUAAAUCUAAAGGAGACACCCUCGAAUUCCAUAAGUUUUACAAGAAGCUAUCUAAUUCUCUGGAGAAUGUAGUGUGGACAAACAACGAAGCUAAGAAAGAAACAGGAAAGUGAUGUAUGAAUGUGUUUGAUCUUUUGGGACCAGCUUGGUUUCUUUGUUUAUGAGUUUUUCUGCUUUUCCGGCUACUUUGUAAGGAUGAUGGGAGAAGAGUGGGAUUGAUUUCUGUAAGAAAGGUGUAAAUAUGAACUGUGAUACCACUUAAAAAGUCAUAUCGAAGCUUUUUUUGGAUACUCAUCCGGAUCUCGGGUAAUACCAGACCUGAACGAAAAAUCGA